AUGGCACCGGAAGAAACGUCCAGCGAGGGGAUGGAAAAAGAGACCACAAAGCCCAUUGCCUCACAAUGUGAUUUAGACACGGCUCAUAAUGACCCAAAGCGGUCAGAAGAACAAGCCUGUCGCAACGGCUGUAAAGUCAAGCCUGUCUAUAUAUAUGAGGGCGGGGCCACGCAACUAGUAGCUCAUAAAAAGGCCAACAGAAAGGCUCUCAAGGCUACAGCCAAAAUUGGCAUCGCAAUGAAGACGAAUAGCUCUCGACUUGAACCUCCCAAAGAAGAAGAUCUUAAAGCUUAUACAGGCUUCGAGACUAACAAACCUGUCACAUCGUCGAUGGUGGUAGAACGCACACCACACAGGAGCACGGAGUACUCGUGCCCACCUGACUUCCCAAAGCCUGAAACUAGCAGGCACAAUGAACCACACAAAGCAGAAAAACGUGAGACACUAAUCAGAACGACAGAGAAACCAAAAGAGCAUCGAUCGGAGCCAUGGGAAGUGACUCUGCGCACCGUUGAGAUGGUGGGCCGGCUUUCGGCUGAACAGCCCAUGGGAGGCAAAGGGGGUAAGCAGCCCUAUCAGCAGCGAGAAAAUUCGAGACGAGUACAGGAAUGCAGCAUCUCCUGCUACGAAGAAACCGAAACUGAAGAUAUACUGGACAGCAACACUCCGCCUCCAUCUCCACCAAGACCAAUCCACCAAGGCGGCGGCCAAUAUGCGCCGGAUCAGCUCCGUAUGAAGCGCACAAGAGAAAUCUUUGUUUGCCUUCUUCUUCAACUUAAAGCUUGCAUCAUGUGGAACGACGAAGACAACAAUCCCUAUGGGACCAGUUUUGACCGACGGGAUAGCCUGACUUCUUCCUCGGCCAACCCGGCUUCACCUACCUCUCGUGAGUAUCUGGAUGAUUCUUCAGAGAGUACUGAUGCCGACUGGGAGACUCUAGACCAGCGAUUCGAUAUACCCCAGACCCCCUCGACCACGAGCGACGAGGCCCCCCAGAAUCGCGUCCAAGCCCACGACGACAGCGAGGUCGAGAGCAGCGACAAUGAGCCUAUUGCUAGAGACAGAGGCGAUAUAGUUCCUCGCCCGAAGCCCGGCGGCUACGAAAGUCGAGUCGAGCAGAUCCUGUACGAGAAUCCGUCCAUGCCUAUCCUUAUUACCGAUGCGGGAAAGAGCGCAGAGAGCGGCGGCAGAUACAUCGUAUAUACGAUCCGCACUGGGAACCUCGAGGUCCGUCGACGAUACUCUGAAUUUGCUUCCCUGCGAGAAGCCCUUACUCGUCUGCACCCAACUUUGAUCGUUCCCCCAAUCCCUGAGAAGCACACGAUGGCCGACUACGCCGCGAACCCCACGAAUGCGAAGCAAGACCAGCAAAUCAUUGACUUGCGAAAGCGUAUGCUUGCUGUGUUCCUGAAUCGAUGUCGGCGCAUGGAAGAAGUCCGGACGGACGGCGUGUGGUGGAGAUUUCUGGACCCCAAUGCUAGCUGGAGUGAGGUCCUUCACUCCCACCCGGUGGCCUCUGUCCCCAAGUCCGUCCUGAAGGCACCCCCUCUGGACCCUGCGAACCCCACACCGGCUCACGCAUUCCUCCCUGUCCCAGCUAGUUCGGCCAAGUUGAGGACAACAGGCGGCGCAGGUGUCGAACCCAGUGCAAUCUCGGGCACAGGUUCUCAUGUGUUUGGCCGAUUUCCUCCCGACAGCCACAACCUCAGCGAGCAGGAGCUUGACCCUUACUUUAUUACGUAUGAAGCCUCGAUCAAGGAGCUGGAGCAACUUCUUUCUGGAUCCAUGGAGAAGGUCAACCGCCGGACACUUAGCCAUCUCUCCGCUCUGGCUGCAGACCUCUGUGAGUUGGGGUCUAAAUUCAACGCAUUUGCACUAUCGGAGCAGGCACCAUCACUGGGCCCUGCACUUGAGAGAGUGGGUCAAGCAGCGGACUCAUCCUACAUUGCGACAGAAGAGCUCUCAGGAUCGCUCGGAGCGAGCUUUGCCGAACCCAUGCGUGAGAAUGCGCAAUUUGCCGGCGUUGUCCGUAGCGUACUGAGGUACAGAGUUCUUAAGCGCGUGCAGCAGGAGCAGACAAGCGAUGAGCUCAAUAAGAAGAUCGCUCUCCUUGACCAGCUGGAGCGAAGCGAGCAAGAAGCUAGACGCAUCGAGCAGUAUUUGAGCAGUAGUCAACAGAUCUCACCUCCACCGAAGCGAUCAACCAGUCUUAGAGAGACUGGAACGUCGCAGCACCAGCGUGAGGGUAGCACCGAAGACACAGCCUCUAUCGAUUCUGAUUUCCCACCUACCCACGGCGAGCCGGCACCAUCUGCAAGCCAAGGGGUUCCGCAGAGAAGCAACUCUACGCCAGGCCAUAAGAAGGCGGCGAGCAGCAACUCGAUUACGAAUAAGAUCUUUGGGCCGAUUCGUCACGCUAUUCAGGGUGUAGCGGACGUCGACCCCGAGAGAACCCGCCGUGAUAUGAUUGGAAAGACAAGAGAGAGCAUUGAGCAACUGGAGCAGGCGAAGGUGGUUUCGGAACAUGAUGUUAAGGAAGCUAGCGCAAGUAUCCUUAAGGACCUGAAGAGAUUCCAGGGCGAGAAGGAAGAGGAUUUACGUCGCUACAUGAUUGAAUGGGCAAAGAAGAACAAAGAGACUUGGGAGGAUGCCAAGACCGAGGCUAGACCGGACCAUCUUGUACUUUCUCCUUUGCGCAACACAACACACAAGAUGGACGGCGUACAGGGUCCGCCACCGGAGGGCCCGAUUGCCUCGAUAGCAGAACCCGGCAUCAAGGCCGAGGGGCAGCUGCUCUUCGACCUACGCCGGGAGGUUGCCAACAUUUUGCACCGCAACCAGACGAGCUUCCCCGGCGCGCAGCCCGUCAGCUUCGCGCGCAAGCACCUCGACGAGCUGCGAAACAAAGAUUACUACGUCUGCGAAAAGUCGGACGGCAUCCGGUACCUCCUAUACCUGACGGAGGAUGAUGGCCGCGAGAUUCAUUACCUCAUUGAUCGCAAGAACGACUACUGGUUCAUCAAGAACAGCAGCUUUCAUUUCCCGCGGAAGGACGACCUGACGAAAUUUCAUACACGCACUCUUAUCGACGGGGAGCUGGUCAUGGACGAUGUGGGCAAGGGCCAAAAGGAGCCUCGCUUCCUCGUCUUUGACUGCCUCGUCCUCGACGGUCAGGACCUCAUGUCGCGCACACUAGACAAGCGGCUUGCGUAUUUCAACGAAAACAUUUACAAGCCCUAUCGGGACUUGUUCAAGCAGUACCCUGAAGAGAAAGACUUCCAGCCGUUCUUGGUGGAGAUGAAGGCUAUGCAGCUCAGCUACGGCAUCGAGAUGAUGUUCCGCGAGAUCCUUCCCAAGCUUCGCCACGGCAACGACGGGCUCAUUUUCACUUGUGUGUCAUCCGAAUACAAGCACGGCACUGACCCGCACAUCCUCAAGUGGAAGCCUCCCGAAGAGAACACGGUCGACUGCCGGCUUCGGCUGACCUUUCCCACGGUGCAUCCCGACGAGAACUUUGACGACUUCACAGAGCCGUACGUGGAUUACGAGAGCGUUCCGCGCUCAGAGCUGUGGAGCUUCAUGGGCGAUGGGCGAUAUCAGUUCUUUGCGGAAGUUUAUAUUACAGAGGACGAGUGGGAGACGCUCAAGGGCCUCGGUGAUCCGCUGAACGACCGCAUCGUAGAAUGCCACAAAGAUGAUCUGGACAGGUGGCGCAUUAUCCGGUUCCGCGACGACAAGGCCGAGGCAAACCACAUCUCGACGAUCAAGAGCGUGCUCGAGAGUAUCGAGGACCGCGUCACAGAGAAGGACCUGGCGGAAGCAGCUAAGAGCAUCAAGGACAACUGGAAGCUGCGCAAGCGGUAG